AUGGCCGACCAAAAGACUGAAAUCUCAAAGAGAUCACCUAACGAGCAAAUUGACCUUCAAGAUGGCUCGUCGCACGAAACGCACCCGGACACGUACAACGUGGCACUCAAGCUUGCAGAAGCCCAUGCCGAGGAUGAAAUGUGUUUGACCUACGCUUUGCAAUACUAUGACAAGGUCAUGAUAGGCCACGGCGCCAUCUUUGGGCUCAGAGAAGAUCUGGAUAUUAUCCAAGGUCUGCGAUACUCGAACUGCACUAUGAUCUUCUUCUGUGGUUUCAUCGUCGGCUGUUAUCCCCUCUCCAUCUUGGGUCAGAAAUUCCCUACUGCAAAGGUGUGCGCGGCCAUUUGCCUUCUCUGGGGUAUAGUCGUGCUCUCCACUCCAGCCUGCACCUCCUACUCAGGCUUUAUGGCCAAUCGCUUCUUUCUAGGCCUCAUUGAAGCCGGUGUUUCCCCAUUAUUCAUGCUCGUUACUUCAAAGUGGUAUACCAAUGAAGAACAAGUCCUCAGAAUGGGCUUCUGGUAUUCCAGUGGCGGAGCGGUCAACCUCGUCUCGCCGCUGAUCAACUACGGACUUGGAAGCAUCAAUAGCAGUAUCGCUGGUUGGCGCAUCUUAUACAUCUUCGCCGGUGCCCUCACUCUUCUCUGGUCUUUUGUUGUCUAUGCCCUUUUCCCCGAUUCACCUGUCACGGCAAAACGCCUUACGGAGGACGAACGAGCACUGGCCAUUCUGCGGCUGCGAAAGAAUAAUACUGGCUUCGAGAACACCCGUUUGAAGCCACGGCAGAUUUGGGAGACGCUGGUGAGUUACCAGUUCUGGUCCCUCUGCUUGCUCGGAAUGCUGUGUAGUACAGCCACAAGCGCUGCCAACACAUUUUCAAGCUUGGUCUUCAAAGGUCUAGGCUUCAGCGUGUUUCACACCCUGCUACUCAAUAUCCCUUUGGGAGCCAUCUCCAUCUUCACUGUUGUUGGAUCUGGGUGGCUUGGGCGGACGUUGCCCAACAUGAGACAUCAUAUUUAUGCCAUCGCAUGCCUUCCAGUUAUCACAGGUUGCGUUCUAUUGUGGCAACUACCUGCUAGUCAAACUGCUGGGCGAAUUGUCGGUAUUUACCUGGUUUCGUUCUUUGGGUCCUGUUAUGUUCAGGUUAUUGCCUUUGGCACCUGCAACUUUGCCGGCUAUACCAAGAAGACGAUUGUGUCUGCUGGCAUUUUUGUUGGUUAUUGCCUUGGUAACAUCAUCGGUCCGCUUCUAUUUGAUGCGUAA